UUUCAGCUUGAAGACUAAAACCACAUAUCUCGACAGAGUUAAAAAAAUAAAAACCAGAGGAAAAGAACAAGAGAGAUUGAAAAGCGUUAGAUCUGCUUGUAAAAAAAGAAAAUUAGGGUUUUGAGCAUGUCUGCUCCGUUUUAUCCUCCGAUAAAUAUGCAGCAAGAGAUCGGUCAAAAUCCUCCUGGGUUUGGUACCGAGCCAGUCCCAAUCAGUACGUACCAAGACAACGAACCUGUACCGAUCUCAACUUACCGAGAAGAUGAAUCAGACCCGCUCCACACCACUCAGCAAGAGAAGGACGACUUUUGGGAAAACGGUUUCAACAGAGAAGACAACAUUCAAGACCCAGAGCCAUUUCAGGCGAAAGAAAACGGGAAGAGAAGCGUAGACAACAGCUCCUUCACUCACGGAGAAACCGAUCUCAACCAGCUGCCAGCGAUUCCUCCGGUCUCAACAGGGCAAGGCUUGCCUUAUGCGCCUGUUGAUUGGCCAAGCCCUGGUGAUGUCUGGACAUGGAGAGUCGGUAGGAGAGUGACAGCUGUUGGUUAUCAUCAGGAUAGGUUCCUGAUUCUCCCUCAGAGGCUUCAGCAGAAGAAUGUACCAAAGUCUUUCGCUAGCAAAGCCACUCUCCUUCGUUAUAUCCAGUCGAAUUUCCCAGCCAUGGACGCUGAUGCCUUCUUUGCUUCGUUUAGCUGGAAGAUCCCAGCUCUCUUCCAGGCUGCAACCAAAGUUGAUACUGCGUCUCUGUUUGAGGAGACCCCGAAGGAAGCACAGACUGAAGCUGCUCCAGUUGAUGAAAAUGCUAAAGAAGGAAACUCGAGAUACAGCCAGAGGAAGAGAAAACCAAUGCCGACACAGACGUAUGAACCUGUGGAACCGAAACCUAAACCGACUCCACGAGGUGGUAAGGGCAACAAGAAGAAGAAAGGAGACACCACUCCUGCCUCUGCAACUCCAUCCUCGACCAAACCGAAAUCUUCUCGGCAAUCCACGAGACGCGCUUCGAACCAGAACCAGCAGAGCGGUGGUGCUGUGGACUUGAACUACGAUGAAGGUGAACCUGCUAGUGCACCAAACACUAGUGGCAGGAGAAAGAAACGCAGAGUUAACUUUGAGGACGAAGAUGUUUCUAUCCCUCACAUCUAUGUCUCUCCUAUGAACGGUGUCCUUGCGGUCUCUCACUCGCCUAUCGAUGUUGAUCCCGUGGAGUUUGACUCCUACCUGGACUCUCUUGAAAACCUUCUUCAUCAAGGUCCAGAAGAUACUGGUAGAGACUCUGUACUCGUUAGCGCAAGCUCUCCGAUGAGAGAGUACGAAUGGGCAGAAGCUAGAAUGAAGAUCUCGUCUCUUCUUGAGAAGGACUUCCCUAGCUUGUUCGUCUCCAAGGAUGCUGCGGAGAUAGCUGCGUUAGCGACGAAACUGAGGAAAGAUCCGAACCUCUCCGCUGAAGAGAUUGUGAGGCUGAAGCUUAUCGAAGAGAUACCAACGUUCAGCGAAGUGUUCCAGGAGAACAAAGGUGUGAUUGAAGAAGCAGAUAGGUUCUUCUCUGCUCUUGAGCUUAACAAGGCUAAAGUAGCAUCGCUGAAAUACGAGUACAGCGACCUGAGGCACAAGCUAGGGAGUUUGCAGAUGGAAGUAGACGAGAACACUGAGGCGAUCAGGCAAAUCGAUGACCAGAUCGCUCAGCUUCAAGCUAGAAGGUCUGAGCUGAAGAGGUACAUCGCUGAGAAGGAGAAAGAGAAGGUUGACGCGAGCUAUGGGCAGAAAAUGGUGGCGAACUCGAUUCCCAAAGUGGUGCAGGAAGUUCAAUCAGCAAACUCGAAGAAGUCUGAGUGGGAAUGUAAGAAGGAUAAUGCUCUUAAGCGUGAAGCGGAGAUUCUCUCUAAGUUCACUCCUCUCAAAGGCUUCUUCCUCUAAAGAUGAAUCUAAACCCCCUUGUCGUGUAUCCUUUUAACUAUAUUACCUUUUGUAGACAAUCUUGUUGUGUCAUGUAGCAGUUUUUUUGUGGUUUGCAGACUCUUUGAAAAACCUGUUCUAGGCUUGGAGGUUUAAUGUAUGCUUAUUAUGUUUUUGAUGUACUGUGGAAACUCUCUGUUUUAGUCGAUAAGGACUUUUUUUAUUUUUCUGUCCCGUCUUGCCUUUGCAAUAAUUUGAGAGACAGGAAUAAGCAAAAGACAUUUCAUGUUGAA